AUGGAAAGCUCAAUGCUAUUGGAUACCGAGGUGCCGCUUCAGCCGUUGUUGCAAGCAGCUGAAGCAUCCAGAGGUUCUAACAUUUCGACAAUUCGAUCUCUUGUCAUGAGGGCGAUAUCCGACAAGGAGAUAUUUUGUGGCUUUGAUCAGAUAAUACUUAUUGUCGGAAAAUCUCUUAGCGAAUCCAUCGAAGGGGAGAAGAUGCUUCAAACUCUGCAUCUGUUUUCCAAUGGAACGUACGACGAUUACGAGAAGCAUCGUGAGCGGUAUGUGAACCUCACUGAGGCUCAAGUAUUCAAACUUCGACAGUUGACUGCAAUGUCGGUGGUUGAAGACGCUUGCUGCAAUAGACAGUCGGCUGUUUCAUACUUAUCUUUGCGACAAAAUCUUCAACUCGCGGACAAUACCGCGGUUGAGGAUGUCUUGGUUUCCUGUAUUAACGCGAGGGUGUUGGCUGGAGAGCUUUGCCAGCGAAGCGCGAGCCUCUUUUUGAAUGAAAAUGGGCCAGCAGUGUCUCCACGGGAUGUAACUCUGACGAGCGUAGAUGCUAUGAUAGAGAGGCUUCGUACCUGGAAGGAUGUACUCGCUCAUUCACAAGUGGUUUCGACUCAAAUUCAAGCCGCAGCUGCUAGUCAAUUAAGUGUACACAACAAUUGGAAUUCGCUGCUCCAAUCUCCUCUUCAACAUCACGCAGUCGAACGAAACACAGCUGAAAGAGGUUGGGACUUGUCGGAUGUCAGAAGGUAUGGCGAUGGAUCUAUUGGGACGAAAGGAGACCCAAUGGAGAUUUCUCGUCCUGAUGGCGCUGGUCGACGACAAAAACGAGGUCGGGGGUCAUUGCAGGGAAACGCGGCAGAAACGAGUGAAUUUGGAAGUUUUGAAUGGUAG